AAAAGUUUUCUUGUAUUAUCGAUGGAAUACCUUAAUUUCUUUAUCAAAUGUCGAUUUCACUACGAAAAUGGCCGACCCAGAUCCUGAAACUUUAUUAGAAUGGUUGAGUAGUGGUGUUGGAGAUGAACGGGAUAUGCAACUUAUCGCUCUAGAACAACUAUGUAUGUUACUAUUGAUGUCAGACAAUGUCGACAGGUGCUUCGAAAGUUGCCCUCCUCGAACUUUCUUACCGGCCCUUUGUCGCAUAUUUUUGGACGAACAAGCUCCAGAAAAUGUCCUAGAAGUCACAGCACGAGCCAUAACGUACUAUCUCGACGUUUCGGCCGAGUGUACCAGAAGAAUCGUCGCAAUGGAAGGUGCGAUACGUGCCAUCUGCAGACGACUAGUCGUGGCCGAAUUAUCCUCAAGGACAAGCAAAGACCUCGCUGAACAGUGCGUCAAAGUGCUGGAACUGAUAUGCACAAGAGAAGCUGGUGCCGUUUUCGAAGCAGGGGGACUCAGCUGCAUCUUGCCAUUCAUUAGAGACAAUGGAAGUCGAGUUCAUAAAGACACUUUACACUCUGCAAUGGCCGUAGUGUCGCGUUUAUGUACCAAAAUGGAACCUGCAGACACUCAGUUGCCCACCUGCGUUCAAGCUCUGAGUACUUUGUUACAUCACGAAGACCAGCACGUGGCCGAUGGAGCGUUACGUUGUUUCGCAUCAAUAGCCGACAGAUUUACGAGAAGGGGAGUCGAUCCCGCACCUCUAGCUCAGCAUGGACUCGUAGGUGAACUCCUGGCAAGGCUUUCAAGUGCUGCUGGGGGAUCGAUGGCUGCAACUGGAACAAUUGGUGGGGGCUCUAACACUCCCGGAAAAUCCGCUUCUAUCACCAGCUCAACAGGUGGUUCUACAGCCACUGCAGCAAACCUUCCCUCUGACCAAAAGGCCAACGCUGCCUCUGUCUCGACCAUCAUUAGCCUAUUGUCUACUCUAUGUAGAGGAUCGCCAAGUAUUACACAUGAUUUAUUACGUUCCGAACUACCCGACGCUAUUGAGAAAGCUUUAAAAGGGGAUGAAAGAUGCGCCCUAGACACCAUGCGUCUCGUCGAUUUGUUGCUAGUGCUUCUCUUCGAAGGUCGGCGUGCUCUUGGUAAGACAGGGAUCGCAGGACCGUCCUCGAACGCGAUGCCUCGCAUAAGAAGAAUGGACUCAGCUGCUGAGAAGUCCCACAGACAACUUAUCGACUGCAUAAGAUCCAAAGACACUGACGCACUUAUAGAAGCAAUAGAAACUGGUGGAGUGGAGGUGAAUUUUAUGGAUGAUGUGGGCCAAACGUUACUGAAUUGGGCCUCUGCAUUUGGAACCCAAGAAAUGGUAGAAUACUUGUGUGAAAAAGGGGCAGACGUUAACAAAGGUCAACGUAGUUCGUCUUUACACUAUGCUGCCUGUUUCGGACGUCCGGCCAUUGCUAAGGUUUUAUUGCGUUACGGUGCCAAUCCUGAUCUCCGUGACGAAGAUGGCAAAACUCCCCUCGACAAAGCUCGUGAACGUAUGGACGAAGGUCACAGAGAAGUAGCUGCUGUACUUCAAUCGCCUGGUGAAUGGAUGAUAUCGUCUUUGAGCAAAGACAAGCCGAAAAAGUCAUCCGAGGUAGACGUAGAAGAAAACGUGGAGCCGAAGGGCGAUCCAGAAAUGGCCCCAGUGUAUUUAGGAAGACUAUUGCCCGUUUUUUGCGCCACUUACCAAGCUACCAUGCUGGCUUCUGUAAGAAAAUCGAGUUUGGGUUUAAUAAAGAAAAUGAUCCAUUACAUACAACCGGCUCUCUUAGAGGAAUUGUGCACAUCUACCACUGAAUCGGCAACAAAUAAUUUUGGAAAUCAGCUCGUAGAAGUUAUAGCGUCCGUUUUGGAUAACGAGCCGACUUACACCUGGUCGAGGCCGCCCAGCACCGUUGCCAUGGCGACCCUUGCCGUGUUCUUGCGCCAAAAUUUGCAUGGCAGGCACAUUAUACUCUGUCCACCUGUUAUGGAGGAUGAAGACAGUCAUUUGGUGGUUCUUGCAGUGAUUCAAGAUCUUAUGAUGAAGGCGCGUGAGAUAUUCCUUGACCAUUUCGCUCGUUUGGGUGUGUUUUCCAAAGUCAGGCAACUUGCAGGGCCUCCGGAAAUCCCAGAGCAAAUCGACGGGCCCAUACAACAACCAAGAGAACAACAGGCUAAUGAAACAGAAAAUGAAGUUGAAAGUACCGAAGACGCUAAGGAAAUCCUUCCUGGGAAAGCGUAUCACUGGAAGGACUGGUGCGUUUGCAGAGGAAGAGAUUGUUUGUACAUAUGGUCAGAUGCAGCAGCAUUGGAACUUUCUAAUGGCUCAAAUGGCUGGUUUAGGUUCAUUUUAGAUGGAAAAUUGGCUACUAUGUAUUCUAGUGGAUCUCCAGAAGGGGGAGCAGACACGUCCAGCAAAGGCCGGACUUCUGACUCGCUCACUACCGAAGAAAAUAGAGGCGAGUUUCUAGAAAAGCUACAAAGAGCUAGAUCAGCAGUCAAGAACACGACAAAUUCUCAACAAAUUCUUUCUAAAACCGGACCUGCAAGACUUGUUGUUGGCAAUUGGUCAUUAACUUCGAAGAAAGAAGGCGAAUUACACAUUCACAACUCUGAUGGACAACAACAGGCCACAAUAUUACGUGAAGAUUUGCCAGGUUUCAUAUUUGAGUCGAAUCGAGGCACUAAGCACUCGUUCACCGCCGAAACAAGCUUAGGUCCUGAAUUUUCUGCUGGUUGGACAAGUAAGCGUGGCAAGCGGCUACGUUCGAAGACAGAAGCAACGAAACAGAAAGUAAAAAAUACUGCGCACGCCAUUUACGAACAAUACUUCAAAGCGGCUCAGGCACAACCUCGAGGGGUGGUCGCAAAACUCGGCAAUAUCGUGGCACAAAUAGAACGUGCCUGUCAAAAACAAUGCACGUACGUACAUAACAAUCGUGAUGCAAGCGCAACAACAGGUGGUGGUAACGCAUGGAAAGACAUGCUCCGAAACGCCCUAGAUGAGCUCACGCAGAUACUUCAAGAAGAUGGGGUUGUGAGCGCCUACGAGUUGCACAGUUCCGGACUCGUCCAGGCCCUUUUAUCCCUUUUGUCGACGAGUUACUGGGACCAAGGGCUCAAGUCGAAUAAAACUAGUAAAUAUCAGAAGCAAAGGAUUCAUUUGUUCAAACAGUGCUUCAAAGACCAUACAAAAGGAAAGCAGAGUUCCAUGACAGUGUUAGUAUACAAGCUUAUAUCUGUUUUGGAAAGUAUAGAAAAAUUACCCAUUUACCUAUACGAUUCACCUGGUUCAGGAGGUUAUGGACUUCAAAUAUUGACUCGUCGAUUAAGGUUUAGACUUGAAAAGGCAUCUGGGGAAAGUUCGUUGAUUGAUCGAACCGGACGGGGACUUAAAAUGGAACCUCUUAGCACAGUAGGCCAAUUAGAACGAUAUUUACUUAAAAUGGUAGCCAAACAAUGGUACGACUACGACAGAUCCACCUUCCAAUUUGUAAAGAAACUACGAGACGCAAAGUAUCAAACAUUUAAGCAUACACAUGACUUUGACGAGAACGGAAUCAUUUAUUUUAUCGGUACAAACGGCAAAACUUGUUCAGAAUGGGUGAACCCUGCCCAGUACGGCCUCGUCAACGUAAUGAGUUCAGAUGGACGUAAUUUACCCUAUGGUCGUGUUGAAGACAUAUUAUCGCGAGACUCUUCAGCCCUUAACUGCCACACGAAUGAUGAUAAGAGGGCAUGGUUCAGCAUUGAUCUGGGACUAUACGUAAUACCAACUUGUUAUACCCUACGACAUGCCAGAGGCUAUGGAAGAUCAGCACUAAGGAACUGGCUAUUCCAGAUGUCUAAAGACGGUCUUUCGUGGACCACCCUGUAUGCGCAUACAGAUGACACAUCUCUUAACGAUCCUGGAUCGACUGCAACAUGGCCGAUUGAAGUACCUGCUGACGAAUAUCAGGGUUGGCGUCACGUACGUAUCCAACAAGCCGGCAAAAACGCUUCGGGACAGACACAUUAUCUCAGUCUGUCAGGUUUUGAAAUCUAUGGUAAAGUGACAAGUAUAUGUGAAGACCUCGGUAAAGCUGCAAAGGAAUCAGAGGCGCACAUAAAAAAACAGCGACGCCUGUUACGAAUGCAAAUGCUUAAGCAUAUGACAGUUGGUGCUAGGGUAGUGAGAGGUAUAGACUGGAAAUGGCGCGAUCAAGACGGGAACCCCUCCGGAGAAGGUACCAUCACUGGAGAGUUACACAGCGGAUGGAUUGAUGUCACCUGGGAUCACGGAGGAUCGAAUUCGUAUAGGAUGGGAGCUGAAGGGAAAUACGAUUUGAAAUUGGCCCCAGGUUAUGACGUGGAAUCGACUCCUAAAGUGGUCCAUCACCAUGGUACUGGCAUGAAUGUUUCAAAGUCUUUAAAAGAAAAACAAAGCGUGUUAACUAGUAGAAAAAGCAGUUCAACUCCAAGUCUGCCUGAAGCUACUGACGCAAAAACAGCCGCUUCAGUGGCUUCCACGGAACAGGCUGCGUCUGCAGAUAAUUUAGCUGCUAAGCAAGCUGCAGAAACUAUUGCCGAAAGUGUCUUAUCAGUAGCUAGAGCAGAAGCUAUCGUAUCAGUCACUACAGAAUCACAAGCGGCUGCCAACAAUGAUUCAGAACUGUCCGUAAUAGUGCAUCCCUUACGUGAUCCUCAUCACGACCUUUCCGCCAUCAAUAAUUCCAUUAGUAGCGAUUUAGCGACUAUCGUUGAAAGCUUAGCACUUACAACAACAUCAAGUGACUCAAAGAAACAACAACGUUCCAAUAAGCAAAGUCUUGUAGAAGUCGUUGAAGCUUUAGAUAAAAUACGAGAAGGUGGAGGAGCGUCGACUACCACCAGUACAACCACAGACCUUCUAAUAAGCAACGCAAACGAUAUGGUACAGUCGACUAACCAACAAAACAAACAGGCCUCAGCUGCCACCGCCGGAGUACGUAUAUCUGUCUCAAACAAUCACCACAGACAUCGAGAUUCGUCUGAUGUAGAAAAGUCAAAACGUCACUCUCUUAACAAAGACCAGCAGCAACAACCACCACAGGGAGGCAACAAAAAUAAGGACGAACAACAAGAUUCUACAUCCACAGACAGUAAUAAUGCCAGAAACUCUAAUGUAAACCCAAUGAGUGUAAGCGUACCAAAUUUAGCAUCAACUGAAACAGGAAGUCAGAUAGAGACUACUUCAACCGCUGGUCUGUUAGAAACUUUCGCUGCUUUGGCAAGAAGAAGAACUAUAGGGUCGGUUGCUGGCACAAACUCUUCCUCAUCAAAUUCUAACAACGUCAGCAACAACAUAAUCAAUUCUAAUACCCAAAAUAAUCAUCAUAAUACUGGUUCUUUUUUCCCACGUGGUCCUAAUUCCGUGUCAAGUCUAGUACGACUAGCUUUAUCCAGUAACUUCCCUGGUGGCCUCCUAAGCACAGCACAAAGUUAUCCAAGCCUUUCUUCGAGCAACAACGUUAAUAACGCGUCGUCUGGUGGUGUACCGGUAACUACAGCUACUGCACAAGGCCUGGGACAAGCGUUGACGAUGAGUCUCACAUCUACCAGCAGCGAUAGCGAGCAGGUAUCCCUAGAAGAUUUUCUAGAUUCCUGUCGACCUCCAACGUUAUUAGCUGAACUGGACGAUUACGAAGACAUGGGCGAAGACGAAGAAAAUGAUGAGGAUGAGAACGAAGAUGACGCCGAUUACGAAGAAGUAAUGGUCUCACGAAAUCUUCUUUCGUUUAUGGAAGAGGAAGGAUUUGAAGCAAAACCGGGUAAACGAAGGUCCUGGGAUGACGAAUUCGUACUGAAAAGGCAAUUCUCCGCACUUAUACCGGCGUUUGAUCCUCGACCUGGUAGGACAAAUGUCAAUCAAACUACAGAUUUAGAAGUGCCACCCCCAGGAGAGGAAGAUUCCAAUACAAAUUCUGAACAUGAACUUCUACCCCAGCCAAGAUUGCAUUUGGUUCUAAAAGGCCCCAAUCUGCCCAGCGUACCCGAUGUGGAAAUAGAACUAAAUAACCCCAACUGGACUAUCUUUAAGGCAGUUCAGGAAUUAGUGCAAAUAUCUGAAAUGGGCUCGAGACAAGAAAAAUUACGACGAAUAUGGGAGCCUACCUACACGAUUGUUUAUAAAGAGAAAAAAGAUGAUUUGGGCGGUAUGGAAUCAGACGGGCGUUCCACUCCCAUAGUCACCGUAUUUUCCCGCAGCGGAUCUAGUUCUGUAGCGGGAACUACCCUCUCACCUAGUACCCCAGUCCCUGGAACACCUUCAGUUUCCAACUGUACUGUAGAAGACGUUCUUCAACUUCUUCGUCAUUUAUUUGUGAUAACAACGUCCCGCGAGCAAGAUUACGAUCAAGAACUUGAUACUGAUCUUACACCUGAACAUUUCGCCAGUAAGAAAAUCAAUAACAAACUUCUGCAACAAAUUCAAGACCCGCUGGUAUUAUCAAGUGCCAGUUUACCAGCCUGGUGCGAAGAACUGAACCAGUCUUGCCCUUUCUUAUUCCCGUUUGAGUCUCGACAGUUAUAUUUCAAUUGCACGGCAUUCGGUGCAUCCAGGAGUAUCGUAUGGUUACAGACACAAAGAGAUGUAACGAUAGAACGACAGCGUAUGCCAGGGCUGUCACCCAGAAGGGAUGAUCCUCACGAAUUCCGGGUUGGGCGUUUAAAACAUGAACGUGUCAAAGUUCCGCGUGGAGAGAAGCUGCUGGACUGGGCAAUGCAAGUAAUGAAGAUCCAUUGUGAUCGAAAAUCUAUCUUAGAAGUAGAAUUUUGUGGGGAAGAGGGCACUGGACUUGGGCCUACUCUUGAAUUUUUUGCCUUGGUGGCUGCCGAAUUACAACGACGUGAUUUAGCAAUGUGGAUAUGUGAUGACGACGCCCUUAGCAUGCAGCAACCUAUUGAUCUUGGAGAGGGCGUGAAACCACCGGGUUAUUACGUCAGACGCCCUUCGGGAUUGUUCCCUGCACCUUUACCCCAAGACUCCGAAAUUUGCGACAAGGCAACCCGCUACUUCUGGUUCCUGGGCGUUUUUCUGGCCAAAGUACUACAAGACAACCGUUUGGUAGACUUACCACUUUCUAAGAGUUUCCUGAAGCUCAUGUGUCACGGCGAAAUACAGAAGAAUGUCAAUGAACGUAUAGGUUUUGCUGGACUAAAUAAUAACAAAAAUAUCGACAUAGACAUAAUGACAUCGAGUUUGAUAUCAGAAGAGAGCGAAAAAGAAUUAGAGCUUGAUCCUCCCAAAAUUAACGCCUACUCUGACGAUAAACUCCAACAACAGCCCUGGUAUUAUGGCAUCUUGGGGUCCGAAGACAUGCACAAUAUAGAUCCAAUUCGCGCCAACUUCCUUAAAGAAAUCCAAGACCUUGUAAAGCGAAAGCAAAAGAUAUUGCAAGAUUCGGCAUUAAGCGUAGAAGCAAAAGCGCACCAAAUACAGAAUCUCAGCAUAAAUCAUUCGUCAGGGCCCGUUCUUUUAGAAGAUCUCGCUUUAACGUUUACAUAUGCACCAAGUUCGACCGUCUUUGGUAUUCCAGCCGUAGAUUUGACGCACAACGGUGCCGACAUUGAAGUAAACCUGGAAAAUGUCGAAGAGUAUUCAGAACUAACCAUGUCUUUCUGCUUGGACAAAGGAAUCAGUAGGCAACUGGAGGCCUUUUACAAAGGCUUCUCCGUCGUGUUUCCAAUGGAAAAGUUGGCCGCUUUCAGUCCUGACGAAAUGAUGGUCAUGCUCUGUGGAGACCAGAAUCCCCAAUGGACUAGGGAGGACCUACUCAACUACACUGAACCUAAACUAGGAUACACCAGAGAUAGCCCUGGUUUCUUGCGUUUCGUCAACGUGUUGGUUAAUAUGUCUCCUGAAGAACGGAAGGCCUUUUUGCAGUUCACAACUGGUUGUAGCUCGUUACCUCCAGGCGGUCUAGCUAAUUUAUAUCCUAGGUUGACCGUGGUUCGAAAAGUUGAUGCAGGCGAAGGCUCCUAUCCUUCGGUUAACACCUGCGUGCAUUAUCUAAAACUACCCAACUAUCCCACUGAGGAGAUCCUAAGGGAGAGACUACUAGCAGCGACUAAAGAAAAAGGGUUCCACUUAAAUUAAUUUUCCCUUGUAUAUUUUCCUUUUCCCUUUAAAUAUGCUUAUUGUUUUUUUUGCAAAUGAUUUUUGUUAUCGUCUCUUUGGACAUGGGCGAAAGGGAAAAACAGAUACAUAGCAAAAAAAGACGUUUCUAUGGUGACUUAGAAAAAUUUUCGAUAGGAGAGAGAGAAAAACUAUCUAGGGGACGCUAGCAGAUGCAUAAAUCAAUUAUAAAAAUAUUCAAUCCAAUAAAAAGCAUUUACUUGGAUCAAAUACGAUAUGUUGGUUGUUAUAGGCGUACAUAUGUAUACAUAACAUAGGAAUGAUCAUUUUUCCUUCUCUAGUGAUAUAUAAAUAUACAUAUAAAAUAUAUACAUGUACAAGUAUUCGAUCUCUCAAAUGGACUAUUAAACUGGUAAUAAUAAAUUAAUGAAUUUACUAAACGAACGACAAAUGUAUACUGUAUUGGGUUUUCCUUUUCCUUUUUUACUAUAUUUAGUGAUUAUAAUGCGGUAGCGCCGGUUAGUUUUGACAAGUUCCAAUGCGGCUCCCUAAUUUCAAAAAUAAAAUCUUUUCGUGGGACUUAAACAAAAACACGAUCUACAUAUUUUCUAGUCGAUAUAUAGCUUAUAAACUCGGUGCGGGGGCCUAAGAGCCUCUGUCUUUUUAUUUAGGAAAAACUAUUUUUAAUGUAAAUGAUCAGAAACGCUUCACCAAAAAACAGUAAAAACGGUCGGUCAAGGCGAUAAAUAAUAUAUUAAUCUGUAUAAUAUACAUAAAUAAUAUAAUAAUUACUUUGCGGAUGUUAAAAGACAGUUAUUUUAACAAUUCCAAUGAUUUUUCAGCAUAUUAUGGUAUUUUUAAACGAAUGAGCUUUAGUAUGAUGGUAUGUAUUAAAUAGCCAAUUCGUUUACCAUUUUGUUUGGUUUCUUGAGCAUUUUUUUGUAGAGAGAGUAAAAAAAUGUAUUUAAUUAAAUGUUAACAAUUAUAAUCCGUAGAUAGAA